AUGAAUCUAGGCGACCACCGUCGCGAUCUUUCCGUCUUGCAGACCCCCCCUUUCGUCCUCCGACAAAAUCCUCCUUCCGCUUCAAAUUCUCCUGCUAAUGGCACCGCAAGUUCCGCCGUUGCUCCAUCAAGUUACCUUAACAAUAACUCCUUCGACUCGCAAGAUCAGUUCGGACUUUCCCCACCUGUUCGGCCAGGCACUGCUCCAUCUGCAGGAACUCAGAAUUCGAGUGAUGCUUACUUUCCAAUUGACGACCGAAGGCCUUCGGUUGCUUCUGUCGUUACCAACGCCUCAUCCACGGGUUCAAAGUCAUCUAUAGGUAAAUCUUUUUACAGCGGCUACAAGAAGUUUUUUGGUGACAAUGACAACAAUAAUGCGGGGGAGAGUCCUGGGUCUUCUGAAUCGUCCCUGCCACCAAAUGCCACUCCUCGUUCACAUUAUGGAUUUCCUAGGCCGACCACUCCCACAAAUUCGCGACCAAGGACACCCUUGCCCUCUUCGGAUGUGGUACCGUUUAUUUAUCAAGAUCCAGAUGUGAGUGGUUUGGGCAGAUUAGUUGAUAUUCGUCGCUUGGGUGAUGCUCCUGUUCGUGACGCCCCAAUUGUCGAUAGGCAGAGGUACGGUUCUGAGGACACGAGUGCGUCAUCAUCCCAUAGUCACAGGUUACAUUUGCACCGGAACAGGAAUAAAGAGAGGGAUAAGGAGAAAGACAGGGCUUUCGAGAAGGAGCUACCCCCUAGACCAUCAUCAGCCAGCAAGGACUCAAUGUCAUUGUCGGGUCAGGAUUAUCGGAGGGGCUUAAGACUACAUUUAGAUGGAACGGCCUCCUCACACUCGUCUCAGACGAGGUUGAUCAGGCCCGGUUCACCGACCCCGUCAAUAGCAAGUUCUUUGUCCAACAACCCGCCUAAAUCCCCCGGUGAAAAUACUCAGAAGAAAACGUCGCUGUGGGACAAGAUUUGGAAGAAGGAUAAGGAACAGAGCGGGGAUUCCGAGAAGGAAGGCUCGAUAAGGUCUAAGAGGUCUAAAUUUUCCGAAAAGCCAACUGAUCCUUUGAAUGUUUCUACUAGCGGCAUCUCCCCUGUUCAUACCACUCCAAAGAGGGGUUCCGGAAGUAACGAAUUCGUCAAUCCCCGAGCAUUCGAUUACGCUCCCGUUGAACAGAUGCCGGCCCGAAAGCAGAUAACCGGGAAAGCACCCGAGAGCUAUGGUAGAGUGAAGGCAGCAAAAAGAGGUGUUUUAACAUAUGAGGCACCGGGUGGAAAGGAUCUCGGAUCCAAUAGGAGGUGCCGUGGAUCUAAGGGGUCUGAGGAGGCUGGGACAACUUUCCAACUUGAUUCCGAUUUUUCAAAUAUUCACGAUAUUGUUAAAUUACCUGGACCUGCGCAAGCUUCUGAUCCUGGCCCAGACAACCCUCGGCUUAUCCAUGAGGAAAUGGCACCACCGGCACGUAGUGAUAUCACAUGGAAGCCUCCGGAGAGUUGGGAUUCAGGGGAUCCCGAAAAUGUGGCCCCAGAGAAGACUGUAGAGGAUGAAGGGGGAGAAGAAGAUGCACAGUAUUGCAUUCGGGUUUUCAGGGCGGAUUCAACCUUUGCAACGCUUUCGUGUAGAUUGCAAACCUCCGCUACUGAAGUCUUGCAUUUGCUUGGAAGGAAGUCUUUCUUGCAGGAUGACUUGAAGAACUACCAGAUUGUUAUGAAAAAGAAUGGCGUGCAACGGAUACUUGGCCCCAAUGAGAGGCCUCUUAAGAUUCAGAAACGAUUGCUUGAACAGGCUGGCUAUACUGAGGACGACCAUCUGGAUGAAAUUGGACGUGAGGAUCAUAGCUAUAUGUGCCGUUUCACUUUCAUGAUGUCUCGGAUGGGAAACAAUUACUCCUUGGACCAAGAUCCUGGACUAGGAAAAUUGCAGAAGUAUAGCCAUGUCGACCUUCAGGGGCGGAAUCUUCUGGCGAUACCAAUUGCCCUUUAUCAUCAUGCAGCAGAAAUAAUCUCACUAAAUCUAUCUCGGAAUCUCUCACUCAAUAUACCAACUGACUUUAUUCAACAAUGUGUCAAUUUGAGAAAAAUCGAGUUCCAAGGCAAUGAGGCGGAAAAACUUCCACAGAGCAUAUCAGCUGCAUCAAGGUUGACCUACCUGGACAUUUCUAAUAACCGUUUGGAGGAAUUAGAUCAUGCUUCUUUGGAGAAUCAUGGGUCGCUAGUUGCUUUGAAAAUGGCCAAUAAUCGGCUUCGAACAUUACCGGAUACAUUUAGCCAGUUUAAAUGCCUGAGAAGUUUAAGCCUCUCUUCCAACUACCUCAACGUAUUCCCGCCAUUUAUCUGCGAGUUAUUUACUUUAGUUGAUCUCGAUAUCUCGUUCAAUUUGAUUAAGACUUUUCCGUUCGAGAUUGGACAACUUGGGAAUCUUGAUCGUCUUGUCGCAACAAACAAUAGACUUACUGGAUCGCUCCCUCAAACCUUUUCCCUGCUGAAUGGGUUGAAGGAGCUGGAUUUGCGCUACAAUAACCUAAUUAAUGUUGAUGUUGCGGCAGAUCUGCCAAAAUUAGAGCUUUUACUGACCGGCCACAAUUCCAUUUCCGGAUUCCAGCACUCGUUCCCCAAGUUACGCGCCUUACAUUUGAAUUCAUGUCCUGUUACCAGAUUCAGUUUUCCGUCGGCAAUGCCGACACUGAAGUUUCUCAAUUUACAGAAUGCGAAGAUCGCGGCAUUGGCAGAAACUCUAUUCGAGAGGCUGCCUAACCUGGAGCGGCUUGUUCUAGACAAAAACCAUAUCGUCUCUUUCCCACCACAGAUAUGCAAACUCAAGAAGCUGGCACAUAUGAGCUGUUUCAAUAACGAGCUUGCCUCGCUACCUAAGGAGAUCGGACAGCUGACGGACCUGCGUGUCUUGGAUCUACACGAGAAUAAUCUGAAAACACUUCCGGGGGAGAUUUGGCAAAUGACCAAUUUGGUAACCUUGAACGUGUCUUCCAAUCUCCUUAGGGAGUUCCCAAAGCCAAUACCGAAUCCAGCUGCACAAUCGCCCUCAGCAGAGACUGCUUCAAUUCUAUCAUUAGGCAAAGACGAUGAAAUUGUGAAGCCAGAUACUUCGAGAAGGCCUUCGCAAGGAUCCGGUGGUCUGCUGAGUGUUGGCAACUCACCCGGUGGAGGUGGUAGGAAAGGCUCAUUGGUUUCAAUUUAUGGCCCUGGGGGAAGGAAGGCGUCUGUUAUCUCAAAAUCCGGUUCUGAGCAUGGAUCCCAUCUUAGCACAAGAAAGGAUUCCGCUGCCUCAAGCCGUAUCUCAAAUACAUUUGCUUUCUCCCUUCGGUAUCUCCACAUUGCAGAUAACAAACUUUCCGAUGAGGUCUUUGAGCAGCUGUCUUUGUUGUCUGAAUUGAGGAUUUUGAACCUUUCCUACAACGAGAUUUACGAUAUCCCUUCACGAGCACUGAGUAGAUUGUCGCUGCUCAACGAACUCUAUCUGUCUGGGAACGAGUUGACGAGUCUACCUGCAGAGGAUUUAGAAUAUGUGGCGUCACUUAAGGUGUUGCACAUCAACUCUAACAAGUUCCAAACUUUGCCUGCAGAACUUGGUAAGGUCAGGAAGCUAUUGGUAUUAGAUGUUGGUAGUAAUGCCUUGAAGUACAAUAUUUCCAAUUGGCCAUACGAUUGGAACUGGAAUUGGAAUUUGGACCUUAAGUACCUGAACUUGUCGGGUAACAAGCGUUUAGAGAUUAAGCCCGAUCGAAGCGGCUCUGGUUCUGGACGCGGGCGUAGUAUUACCGAUUUUAGCCAGCUAUCCAAGCUCCGAGUUCUUGGCCUGAUGGAUGUCACCUUGACAAUACCCAAUGUACCUGACCAAACUGAGGAUCGCCGUGUUCGCUUAUCAACGUCGAUGGUCCGAACAAUGGCAUAUGGAAUGGCUGACUCGUUGGGGAGGAGUGAGCAUCUAUCGAUGAUUGAUAUGGUUAUUCCAAUGUUCCGUGGGAAUCGCAAUGAAUGUGUGAUUGGGCUUUUCGAUGGUCAAGCCCUCUCGACUGGAGGGAGUAAAGUUUCAAAAUACUUGCAUGAGCAGUUGGAUACUUUUCUAAAGGAUGAAUUGGAAAAGCUUCAGCCCGACGAGGAACCAGGACGUGCUUUGCAUCGUGCAUUCCUCAACAUGAACAAGGAGAUGGCUACGGUGGCUAUGCAGACAAUAGAUGAAAAGAAUCUCACAGGAGUGGGCUCGCAUCGGGGAUCUACCGUUACUGGUGCAUUUCUUGGUCCAGAUGAUCUUGUAUCGGGCGGAUCAGCCACUGUAGUUUAUAUGAAAGGCAACAAUCUCUACGUUGCUAAUGUAGGAGAUGCUACGGCUAUGCUGGUUCAGUCGAGUGGGGAGCAUGAUAUACUGACUAAAAAGCACAUGCCCGGGGAUCCGCAGGAAUUGGAGAGGAUUCGUGAUGCUGGAGGUUAUGUUUCAAAGAGUGGGAAGCUGAACGAUGUGCUUGAUGUGUCUCGCGCGUUUGGUUAUUACCAUCUUAUGCCCUGCGUCAAUGCUGCGCCUCAUAUUCACGAGACAGAGAUCACCGAUCAGCAGGAGUUGCUGAUUAUUGCUAGCAAGGAAUUGUGGGAGUAUAUUAGUCCGCAGGCUGUUGUCGAUCUCGCACGUCAGGAGAGAGAUGAUUUGAUGCGGGCUGCCCAUAAACUGAGGGAUAUUGCCAUUGCAUAUGGUGCGACUAACAAAAUUAUGGUCAUGAUACUUAACGUUGGGGAUCUGAAGAAAUCCAAAAGUAGGAUGCGCACCCAGUCGAUUUCGGUGGGCCCUAGGCAGACAUACCCCGAUGAAGAAGCAUUAUUCCCGUCGGUGAAGGCUCAGAAAAGGAGAGGGAAGAAUGAGAUUCCGGAUGAUUUUGCGUUGGCUCGUCUCGAUGCUGAGGUAAAGGCACCUGAAGGGGACCUGGCUAUGGUGUUUACGGAUAUCAAGAACUCAACCUUGCUAUGGGAAACGUACCCGACGGCGAUGCGUUCUGGCAUUAAGCUGCAUAACAGUAUCAUGAGGCGGCAAUUGAGGAUUGUAGGGGGUUAUGAGAUUAAGACUGAGGGUGAUGCCUUUAUGGUUUGCUUUCCAACUGCCACCUCGGCGUUGCUUUGGUGCUUUAGUGUUCAGGCAAUUUUGCUGGAUGCACCCUGGCCGUCGGAGAUCGUUGAGUCAAUUCACGGUAGUCCGGUCCAAGAUGCUAACGGUCAUCUUAUCUACCGGGGUUUGUCGGUACGAAUGGGCAUCCAUUGGGGCGCUCCUGUGUGUGAACCGGAUCCGAUUACGCGCCGCAUGGAUUAUUUCGGACCUAUGGUUAACCGUGCUUCUCGCAUCACAGGGGAAGCGGACGGUGGCCAGAUAACGGUCAGCUCUGAUUUCGUUGCCGAGAUCAAACGGUGUGUCAAGGCCUACCAGGAUUCCGAGCUGGUUGGGGGGCUGUCACCCGAGGACCCCUUUGGGGACGAGUCACUUGCACAAACCAUUGGCAGAGAGCUUAGGACGCUGAGCAGUCAAGGCUUCGAGGUUAAGGAACUUGGAGAACGUAAACUGAAGGGACUCGAGAAUCCAGAAUUCAUCCACCUGAUGUAUCCUCAGUCACUUGUGGGCCGUGUAGCCAAUUUAGGGCCUCCUAGGGGUGAGGUUUCAAAGACAACCGUUGAUCCUGCCGAUAUAUGGGCUUUAUGGGAAAUCUCUCUUAGGUUAGAAGGGCUAUGUUCUUCGCUUAAUACCGACGGUGUACCAUUCCUGAAGCCGCGUGGACUUGAAAUGACUGCUAGAUUGAAACUCGCGGGAGAGAACGCUACGGACCAGGUUUUGAUGCCCUUCUUCGAGCAUAUCGUCACUCGUAUCGAGAACUCCAUGACAACUCUCUUCCUUCGAAGAGUCCUCGCACCGCCGGGCUGUGGCGCGGAAGAAAUGGCGUCCCCUUUAAUGGAAUUGCUUUCAGCUCUCGAAGCGAGAGCAGGUGUUAAUAUCAGCGGAAGAGCAAUUGCAUCUGCAGCGUAUGGUGGAGUCGGUUCCUCGGCAUCGUCUUCCUAUUCUGCUUCAUAGUGGACCUAUCGUGAUUAGGAGGGGAAGAAAACGACUUAUUGUCUAUUCGGCUACCAUUGCAUCGUAUUUACAUGCUUUGUCCUUUUGCUUUUUUAGUUGAUCGAUUACUUGCUUACUCGGGUAGUUUCGGCGAAAUGGGGUUGCACUGGUUUCUUUGUUGUUUGUCUUCUCUUUUCCAUUAGGUACUUUUCCUUGAAUGCUUUUGCUAGUGCCUCCAGGUGCCUGCUUGCAGCGUGCGUGUAAUUCAUUCUCACAAGCAUGGGGAUUAUAUUUUUACAUUCCGCCUCUUUCUCUUUUUUGUCUAAUUGUUUGCUGGGAGCGAAAACAAAAGUUGGAUUUUUAUUUUUUCCAUUCGUUUUUUGAUUUGGCUUUGCUUUGGCGGGGGAUGUGGUUGGUUGGCUGGAUAGGAAUUUGAUUUUUUUCGGAACAAUCGGUUGCUUGCUUUUUCGGUGCGGUUGUAUGUUUAUGUGAUAUCACGUGCUAGGGUAAACCGUUGGGUUGGAUAUGUGUAAUGAGGCAUGGGAUGGAGUGGGAAUGGUAUGAUAUGGGAUGAGUAGGGUCGAAAGGAACGGACUUAAGGUGGGCGAGUUUCGCUCGGGUGUGUAGCCAUCACACAUCUGGUUGUAUUGUAAUGGAAUUCUGAUGAUACCA